AUGAAUUCGUUGGACGUGACGGAGUACAAGUCUUUGGAGCAGAGGCUGCAUCACGAAAUCCUUGCAUUUUUGAAAUAUGUCAAUCCUAUCCCUGAAGAAAAAGCUGCUCGCCAACAGGUUUAUGAGCUUGUAUGCAAAGUACUAAACCAGCGCUUCCAGGAAUGUCAAAUCCAUUUGUGCGGUAGCGUUGCACAGGAGCUGCCUCUGCUUGACAGACCCAGCGGAUUGGAAGAAAUGCACAUCUGA